GCCUUAACCCUAUUUCCUAUUCCAGCUUCAUUUUUGCGACCAUCCAUUUCCUCCCAAUCCGAAGCUGAAGGCCCAAUGUCAGUUCUCAGGAGCUUCGGAAACACAAUACCGGUACAUGUACUAGUAGUCUAGGUCCACUCCACUACAUAUAAGCUAGAUCUACUCUAGCUAGUAGUAGUCAUUCACCAGCAAUAGCAAUGCCGAGCCUUUGUGAAGGGUGUGGCAAAGAAUUCAAGUCUAGGAAUGCCGUCUUUCGUCAUUUGAAGGAGACCGACGGUGCUUGCCUGGAUGCAGAUGCCUAUCGAGACUUCCAUCGCUACGUCCUGUUGCAAGAUCGGAAAAAGGUUCUCUUGCUCUACGGAUAUUUGAUUUUGCCGCAAGACCAAGAAUUUUCCAGCAGCCAAAAGAAGAAGAAGAAGACACAAUGGACCAACUGUAUUUCCAAUGGCCACGACGCUGCCACCAAGCUUCUCGAUACUCUGGAAGAGUACAUUAUGCCACCUGACGAUGAUGAUGAUGAUCCACAACAACAACAAGACACCAAUAGCAAAAAGGAAGCACCAAAAAUCUGCCGUGCCUAUGGAAACAGCGGGCGGAAUGUGGAUGUCUUGGAACAAGAUGAUCGGACCGGUGCGAUAACAGAAGUACUGGGCACGAGAUUGCCCAUGAUUGGAAACAAGAUAUCCAUGGACCAGUGGCUCGAUGGGAUCAAUGCUCUCUUGGAUCAAAAGGGAUUCCCCAUGCGACUUCUGGGUCGUCUGGACAUGCCCCAUGCCAAAUUUAAUGCCGAAAUGGAUACCACGUUUCGACGUGUCGAGUACUUGCUACCAGCUGAUUUCCUUUUACCAGGACAACCUUUGGGGACGAACGACUUUUACAAUUCUCUACCCAGUUUUGUCGAUGGAUUUCACAAUCACAAUCGAACUGAUAAAGUCUCGACGACAAACCAGCCUACCAACGACCAAAAAGUUUCUCAAAUGGAAGAGUUGAAUGCAGAAACCAGUCGACCCAACAAUGAAACUCUCACUUACUUAUUCGCUCUCAAGAAGAAAAUGCAGCGAUUGACAACCAAAGUUGUCGAAUUGGAUAAGCAAAAUGAAGGGGACGUCUUGGAAAAGAACUUUCACAAGCAAAAGCGAAAACGGCAACGCUUCAAGACGGACCACCGAGAUCGAUCACAUAAUAAUAGUAAUGACAAAAACAAAAAGAACAACAAAAAGGUUGGCAACAAAAAAAACAAAAGUGGGGAGCAUGCUUCCAUCAACGAAGACAACCAAAUGGAUCAGGAGAUGAAAGAUAUUGACGACGACCACGGAGACGAGGACAAAGCCGCUGGUGGCAAAGCAAACAACAAAAGAGGGAAGGAUCAAAAGCCGAUCAAAAAGGUUUUGAGACGAAGACGAUUUCACAAUUUCACUCCCAGAAGUAUGGCACACAAUUACUUUGCCUAUCGACGAAUGGAUCGCAUGUACCAUCGGGCUACCCUUCGAUUUCCAGAAAAUGUGUACGAGGAGGUCGAACAACAAUGGCAGCAGCAAACCAACAAUCCACCUGUCACGUACGAUCGCAAUCGUCCUUUUCUGGCAAUGUCCAUUUCCGGGGAUCUCUUCUUGGAGGGACAAACCUGUCGCGUUAUGGGUGUCCUCAUUGCAUUGGCACGAGGGCUCAUUGACGAUGAUUUUGUGGAGUGCGUUUUUGACGAGGACUAUCCUCAUCUGGUUCCCACACCAGAGGCACCGCCGUUUGCCAUGUAUGCCGCGGAAACAUACUACAUGAGUUGGGAAGGCAAGGUCCGAAAAGUCUUAACUCCUCGGAAAAGUGACGUGUUUCCAGAAGGGUGGAACGACCCUUCUACACUGCGGAGGGUCAGUGAAUGGCAGGCAGUGAUUCGUGAAGAGAUUGCCAAGGCUUGGUUGUUCAAGGGUAUAGAUCCCAUCGAUGGACGCUUGCUAGAAGAGAAACGGUGGACCAAAGAGGUGCUGGAGCCUUGGGUGGUGCAAGCCCGCCAACAGUUGGAAGAGUAUCGUCAGUGGAAAAGGGACAAAGAUGGUAACAGCAACGGGAACAGCAUGGCUGCUUCACUCCCACCUCUCAGUUCCAUUGAUACUUCUGUUCCAGCUCUCUAUCAGAAAGUUUUGCAGUGCCUUCGCGAUGUUGAUUCCAAUGGACGCUGGCCCACUACGACUCCCAAGCGGCAAAUGGUCAUGGUUUCCACUUCGCUGGAAAGCGACAACAACAAUACCGGCAGCGAGCAAGACAAAAAGACGAAUGGAUUCUCCUCGUUAUCCAUGGCCCACAUGAUCGCUCGUAACAAUAAACUUGAGAGAUCGUCCGCGUACGAGUUCCAGGAAGGCGAGGGCGGAGCCAGCGGAAGUUUCUCGGUGGGUGCCAUGCCGGGAGUUCAGUGCACUCAGCCAAAGGCGAACACAGCGUUUCCCGACUUGAUGAAGGCGGCGUUCGAGCUGGAGCGGGCGUUGCUGCCGGACAGGGAACCCAGUAGUACCAUUGCCAUCAACAGGAAUGCCCAGUUUCGCCCGCACACGGAUAGCGGAGCCGGAAGUGGUCAGAGUACAAGUCUCAUUGUGGCGUUUGGAAAUUUCGUCGGUGGAGAGCUGGUAGUUGAGGGUAAAAAAGAGGACAUUCGUUACAGGCCAUUGGAAUUCAAUGGGUGGAAGCAGCGGCAUUGGACCAUGCCAUUCCAAGGGGAGCGUUUCAGCCUAGUAUGGUUCACCCCAAAGGGAUGCGAAGGCGUUCACGGCAUCGACCUGUGCAGAGAUUAGAAAGAUUGGUGACAGGGUGCGUGGAUCAUGGCGUUCGAAGCGAGCUACCAUUGUAGUAUAACUAUUGGUUUAGAUGCUUUGGCUGGACUGACUCC